GUUUGACCUGACGCUGUGUCGGUGGGAACAGCUGCCUGACAUGUCAUGUCAGAGGGACUACUUCUCUGUUGUGUGCCUGGACGGGAAGGUGUUUGCUCUGGGUGGCAACCGUGACGACAGCCGAAACCUGGAUGCUGUGGAGUAUUACAGUCCAGAGGAAAACACCUGGAGGUCAGCUCACCCCCUGGCCACAGCAGUCUGUGGUCAUGCUGCAGCUGUACUGGACGGACAGAUCUACAUCUCAGGAGGCUGUGACUCCCAUCGCCACUGCCUCCCCUCCAUGUGGAACUACCAUCCUUCUCGUGGCUGUUUUCCCAGAUCAGACAUGACUGCAGGGGCCGGACGUGCAGGACAUGUCAUGUUGGCUUUGGGGAGCAGGCUGGUGGUGGCUGGAGGCCUGCAGCCGCUCUGGAUGGGUUUUGGAGAUCAGCUCCUGUGUGAGCUGUACGACCCAACACGUGACUCUUGGUCCUCUUUUCCCGCCCUUCCUCGGCCUCACGUUUCUCCUGGAGCGACUGUGCUGGAUGGGCGGUUGUAUGUGGUUGGAGGGUUUUCGGCAAACACAGCGACGGAUUCCAAGUGGGUGCACUGCUAUGAUCCCAAGGAGGAGCGCUGGGAGAAGCUGGGCGCGAUGCCGCACCCAUACACUGAUCUGAAGGCUUGCUCACUGCCGCUCCCCGACCUGCAUGAUUUGCAUUAAAAUCUUGACUUGACAGCAAAUGAGAGCCAAACAUAAAAACAUGUUUCUGUGAUUUCUGCACCACCAACUAAACAUGUCGGGUUCCCAUGGUAACGCAAUAUUGUAACUGCACGGCUUCAUUCAGUGAUAUUAGUAACGCACAACUCGGCAUGUUUGCAGAUAAAACACAUUCCCUCAGCUGAGAAUCUGUAUUGCUCAUAAAUAAUAGUCAGGAAAUGAUUUGGUAAAAGAAACUUUGAACAUAACCUGGACUAGGCUAGCUCCACAGCAUCAGUUACCAUGGAGAUCUAAUUCUAAAGCAUCAGUUACCAUGGAGAUCUAACUCUACAGCAUCAGUUAUCAUGGAGAUCUAGCUCUACCGCAUCAGUAACCAUGGAGAUCUAGCAGGUAAA